UCAAUUCAGUGGGCGACCCCCGCUUUAGGGGCUGGUCCGAACCCAGAAAGAAAGUGGAGAGAAACUCAUCGAAGAAGAGGACCGAUUCCAAGACCCGUUCUCUGUUUUCUCCCUUCAAAAACGUUGUCUUUUAACACUUUCUUUCUCGCCAAACAAACCAACGUACAUACAACAAGAAACCCAGCUGUUUCUCCCUCGGUUGCAGGAGCCCACAUUUCCUUUUCUUUCUCUCAUGGAUUCUCGCGUUUUGCUCUCGCUUUGUCUCUGUUUCAUCUCUCUGCUCCCCCAUGUCGCAGUUUCUUCUCUUCGUACCCGUGGAUUUCUCCGAGACAAGAGAACUCAAGAAUCGGUGCUUAAACUGACGAACGGUGUUUCGUCGGCUCCUUUUGAUCCUACUCGGGUCACCCAAAUCUCUUGGCGUCCCAGGGCUUUCAUUUACAAGGGGUUUUUGACUGAUGAGGAGUGUGAUCAUCUCAUUCAACUGGCCAAGGAUAAUCUACAGAAGUCCAUGGUGGCGGACAAUGAAUCGGGUGGAAGUAUAGAGAGUGAAGUUCGAACGAGCACUGGGAUGUUUCUUCAGAAAGCCCAGGAUGAAAUUGUUUCCCAUAUUGAGGCUAGGAUCGCCGCUUGGACCUUCCUCCCUGCAGAAAAUGGGGAGGCUAUUCAAAUAUUGCGUUACGAGCUUGGCCAGAAGUAUGAGCCACACUUUGACUAUUUUUACGACAAGUUCAAUCAAGAACUAGGCGGGCACAGGGAUGCAACUGUACUGAUGUACUUGUCCAAUGUUAAGAGGGGUGGAGAAACAGUUUUUCCUGCUUCAGAGGCUAAAUAUACUCAACCAAAUGACCAUAGCUUUUCUGAUUGUGCUAAAAGGGGUUAUGCCGUGAAACCUGUUAAAGGGGAUGCUCUGCUUUUCUUUAGUCUUCAUCCUAACGCGACAACCGACCCAUUGAGUUUGCACGGGAGCUGCCCUGUCAUCGAGGGUGAAAAAUGGUCGGCGACCAAGUGGAUCCAUGUACGGUCUUUCCAGGAAAUAUCAGUGCAAGUAAAUGACAUAGGAUGCAUAGACAAGAAUGAGAAUUGUGCCGGUUGGGCUGCUGCUGGGGAAUGUAUAAAGAAUCCAAUCUAUAUGGUGGGUUCUAAAAAUGUCAUUGGACAUUGCCGGAAGAGCUGCAAGGUUUGCUCGGCAUAGGAAUGCUUUCGGGGAUAAUAAAUGCUUCUUGAUUUUACAGUGAAGAGUUUUUUAGACUGCUGUAUAUAACUUCAAUCAAAGGAGGGUUCCUUUUGCAACAAGAAAGAAAGCAAUCAUAAAGUUAAUAAAUCCUAGCUGGUACUUUUGCGGUUUGCCUCUUUUUGAAGAUCAUAAAUCAUGCUCUGUGGCCGUGAGUAACCCAUCUACAAGUUGAUUCAGAAGGAAGGAUCCAUUUUGUUAGGAACUUAUUAUUCACACAACAAAAGAGAAAGAACACAGAAAUUAUUCAUUUACAAUCCCCCAAUAAUGGGAAAAUUUUACUCAAAUCAAUCAAGAUGCGGUUUCUCAUUCUUACAAUCCCAAAUAGGUGGGCCGUCUCAAACCAUGCUGGGGUUGCUUAUUUAUAAGCAUGUAAUGUAAAGGCAUGGGAUUGGUCUAUUUCAUGUAUUAGAUUAAGUUUAUCAGAUGAGAUUGUAUCUAUUUUUACUUAGUUUGAAUUUGAGAAGUUACCUAACACAUUUGUUAUA